UGAUUCGGGGGGCCCCGGGGAAUCUCCAGAUCCAGUGGAAAUCGUUUACGAAGGGGAUGCACAAGGGUACAACUGGGAGGGGAAUUAGGUUGGCCGCCAACUUCGCCUGCCUUUCUAUCUGAGUUCUUCCCUCUUGAUGCUUUCGAACGACUCCUAAAUUUCACAAAAUCCUUUUUUUCUUAUUUGAAAUCCAAAUCGAAAUGCCUCAACUUGAUAAAUUAACUUAUUUCUCACAAUUCUUCUGGUUAUGUCUUCUCCUCUUUACUUUUUAUAUUCUCUUAUUUAAUAAUAAUAAUGGAAUACUUGGAAUUAGUAGAAUUCUCAAACUACGGAACCAACUGCUUUCGCACCGGGGGGGCGAGAUCCGGAGCAAGGACCCUAAGAAUCUGGAAGAUAUCUCGAGAAAAGGUUUUAGCACCGGUCUCUCAUAUAUGUACUCCAGUUUAUCCGAAGUAUCCCAAUGGUGUAAGACCGUCGACUAUUUGGGAAAAAGGAGGAAAAUCACUCUGAUCUCUGAUUUCGGAGAAAUAAGUGGCUCACGAGGAAUGGAGAGACAGAUUCUCUAUUUGAUCUCGAAGUCCUCAUAUAACACUUCUUCCAGUCGGAUCACUUGUUGGAAAAACAUAAUGCUCACACAUGUUCCACACGGGCAAGGAAGCAUAAUAUCAUGAAAGCCGUCUGAUAAUCUUUCUAUAGGUUCCCCGAAGAGAAUGGAAAAAUCACAAAAACACUUUCUAUAUGUUCUGUUAUUUCGAGAUUCGAAGAAGCAAGCAAGUUUUUCAUAUAGCUGUUUCCUGUGUAGUGAUCUCUGUUCGUGGAGAUCAUGAGGCCCCUGAUACCCUGUGGUACGGGGGGGGGUAGAAGAGGGGGCAUGUGGGCUUCUAUCAAAAGA